CUGCGGAGGAGCUACCUGCCCACACCGCCGGGCGCCGCAGUCUCGGGGCUCCUGCCAGGCUGUGAGGCAUGGAGUUCGCGGAGCUCAUCAAGACCCCGCGAGUGGACAACGUGGUGCUGCACCGGCCUUUCUACCCGGCCGUCGAGGGGACCCUGUGUCUCACUGGCCACCACCUGAUUCUGUCCUCCCGGCAGGACAACACCGAGGAGCUGUGGCUUCUUCAUUCAAACAUCGACGCCAUUGACAAGCGAUUUGUGGGAUCUCUGGGUACCGUCAUCAUAAAAUGCAAAGAUUUCCGAAUUAUUCAGCUGGAUAUUCCUGGAAUGGAGGAAUGCUUGAACAUAGCUAGUUCCAUUGAGGCGCUGUCUACCCUGGACUCCAUCACCCUGAUGUACCCUUUCUUCUACCGGCCCAUGUUUGAAGUGGUGGAAGAUGGCUGGCAUUCUUUCCUUCCUGAGCAAGAGUUUGAACUCUACUCCUCAGCUACCAGUGAAUGGAGGCUAAGCUAUGUCAAUAAGGAAUUUGCUGUUUGUCCCUCCUACCCACCAAUUGUCAUAGUGCCCAAGGCCAUUGAUGAUGAAGCUCUUCGAAAGGUGGCUGUGUUUCGACAUGGUGGUCGCUUCCCAGUACUAAGCUAUUAUCAUAAAAAAAAUGGAAUGGUAAUUAUACGAAGUGGUCAGCCACUAAGUGGUACAAACGGGAAAAGGUGCAAGGAAGAUGAGAAGUUAAUAAAUGCUACGCUCAGGGCAGGGAAACGCGGCUACAUCAUUGACACACGAUCUCUGAACGUGGCGCAGCAAGCUAGAGCCAAAGGAGGUGGAUUUGAACAAGAAGCUCAUUAUCCCCAGUGGAGGAGGAUUCAUAAGUCCAUUGAGAGGUAUCAUGUCCUUCAAGAGAGUUUAAUCAAACUUGUGGAAGCUUGUAAUGACCAAACACAUAACAUGGACCGCUGGCUCAGUAAGCUGGAGGCCUCCAACUGGCUGACUCACAUCAAGGAAAUUUUGACAACGGCCUGCCUGGCAGCCCAGUGUAUUGACAGGGAAGGAGCAUCAGUGUUGAUUCAUGGAACUGAAGGCACAGAUUCCACACUUCAGGUGACCUCCUUGGCCCAGAUCAUCUUGGAACCAAGAAGCAGGACCAUCCGAGGUUUUGAGGCUCUAAUAGAAAGAGAAUGGCUACAGGCUGGUCACCCAUUCCAGCAGCGCUGUGCACAGUCAGCCUAUUGUAAUAGUAAACAGAAGUGGGAAGCGCCUGUAUUUCUUCUCUUUUUGGACUGUGUUUGGCAGAUACUUCGUCAGUUUCCUUGUUCUUUUGAGUUCAAUGAGAAUUUCCUUAUCAUGCUUUUUGAGCAUGCCUAUGCCUCACAAUUUGGAACAUUCCUGGGCAACAAUGAAAGUGAAAGGUGUAAGUUGAAGCUCCAGCAGAAAACGAUGUCCCUGUGGUCCUGGGUCAACCGUCCCAGUGAGCUGAGUAAAUUCACCAACCCUCUCUAUGAAGCCAAUGCCCUCGUCAUCUGGCCUUCCGUGGCUCCACAGAGUCUUCAGCUGUGGGAAGGUAUUUUCCUACGCUGGAAUAGAUCCUCUAAGUACUUGGAUGAAGCAUAUGAAGAAAUGGUUAACAUUAUCGAAUAUAACAAAGAGCUACAAGCAAAAGUCAAUAUCCUCAGGAGGCAGUUGGCAGAACUGGAAACAGAAGAUGGACUGCAGGAGAGUCCCUGAGAGGUCGGACACUGCCUUCAGGACCUUCCUGGACCUGCGGCCUGCCUCUCCUACUGCCCUUGUUUACUCUGAACGCAGCAGCCUUGACCCUGAGGCUUUAGAUGUGGAACUGCUUUGAUUUCACGGAUUUCUCAUUGUAAGAAUGAAGCUUAAUAUUACUCAUUUUUUGUGGCCCAUUAGGCCUCUUUACUUUGGGAGCAGGAAGGAGGUGCUAGUCAUUUUAUGUGAAAUAGGUGACCAAUUUAAGGCCAUUUGUGUUAUACGCCCUUUCACCUGAAGCUUUCUAUGUCCACUUUCCAAAUAGUGCUCCAGUCCAGUCUAGGAAGCAGUGAAUCACAUUAGGGACUUAAAGUGGCUCAGGCUUUUAAGGACUCUUAGUGUGUGGAAGUAUUCUUCAGAAUUGAAAUGGCUACUAAACCCAGAAUUGUGUUUAACAGAUCAUUUCCAGUAUCUAUGCUUCAUAACCUUUCUCUUUAAAAUAGACUUAUUCUGGUUUGUCAGGAAUAAAUCUAAAUACUUGUUAUUUCUACAAAGGUAACAGGUAUCAUCCUCUGUUAAGUUAGACACUAAAACCUUGUGCAAUAUAGAAUUAACAUGGAUUUGUUACUGAUAGGACUGUUACUGUUGAAUUGGUUUUUCAAAGUUUUUGAAAGUUUUUGAACAUAGAUACAAAAUGUAUAUCAAAUGCUGGGUGUGAAAUGAAGUCAUUUAGCAUCAGGUUGUUAUAUUUUGGCAACUAUGAUGUCCUUAAACCAGAGGCACAUUGCCCUUGUUUGAAGUUCUUAUUGCACUGGUUUAUAUAUGUAUGUCUGAGUACUUAAUGGUUUACUAAGGUUAAAUUUUUAAACAUUUAAUGUUGGCUUGAGUUAUCUGCAAGUUGAUCUUGACUCUGCUGAUUUGUCCAUUAUAUAUUUAAGCAAAUACCUUAACACAAACAGUGGAGGAAAUUUUCAAAUGUGGUGCAGCUCUGUGUUUCAGUCUUCAGAACCAGAUUUGCAGUUAGAGAAGCCAUGGAGGCUCUUUUCAUGCUCUGGUUGUUUACACCUGCAAUCCUGUUUCUGGUUCGUGCUUUUCAUGUGUCUGUUGUGAUAAUACUCUUAAUACCAUUUUCACUAUGUCUGUAUACAUUUCUGGGUGGAAUAUAUUACACUGAGCCCUGUUUUAAAGCUUUGUAUUGAACUAAGAAUUCAUUCAACUCUAGUAAAAUCUAUGGCCACAUUUCCUACCUGCAGUUGCCCAAGCUUCCUCUUUCAUGUAGCAGUGCUCAACCACAGUCAGAGGUCCUGGUCCUCGUUACUAAGCUCAGCUUCAUAAUUUGGGGGUAUAGUUAAGAAUCUUAGGGCGUUAGAGUUCAAUAAGAAGGCUAAGGGAAAGAACGUAAGAGGUGUUCCAUUCAGAGUUGGUGUUAUGUGAAACACCUUCAUUAUCUAAAAAGGAGAAAUAACCUCAUUUGUUUGUGGUUUGUCGAAAUUGCUUGCUGUUUGUUCAUGAGGCUGGCCUUUGUUUUGUGCUUUUAUCCCCCUCCCACCCCCCACCAACAAAAAGGGAAUCUUUUUCUUCAUUCAUACAUGUAUAUAGACUGUGUUGUUAAGUGAUUUCUUUAAAACUGACUUCAGUACUUAUAUUGAUUGGCCAUUGGGCUUCCAUGGGUAGAAAUUUUAAUUGAGUUAGGUUUGGACAUGGAGAACUUAUAUAUAUGCUCUUUAUUUAUACCUGUUUCCUGAUUAUAAUUGUACUCAGGCUCACGAUACCCAAUUUUUUCUAUUUUCAUUCUAUUGACAUAGCAACCUUACUGUUUGACAAGUUUGCAAUUUAAUAUUUUAUAAUUAGAUGCGAAGUUUGGAUAACCCCUAUUUAUAAACUAUAAAAGCAAACUUUAUUAACACUUCUGAAAGCCCAAUGUUACCAAUCAAAUAUUAGCAUUUUUCCAAAUGUGAUAACUUUGUCAAACAAUUUCAAAUAAUUUAAUUUAGUACUAAGUUGCCCUCCAUUAGGUUACAGCUAUCUUUGAGAAUGUCCAUUUUGCUAUAAACAGUCUGUAAAGUUGGUUUGGUUUUGAAAGUUUGGCAGAAUUAACACAAGUGCUACUGGAAUCAGUUGCCCUUGGGAGAAACUCAAAUAUAUAUUUUAAUCAUCUUUCUGUGCAUUUGUAGUGAAGGCUAGUUACAGUUGAGAGAAUGUUUCAUAAGUUAUUUCUUACCAAGAGCAGUUUAAAAUUAAAGAGAAUUAUCAGCAGUACAAAGACCCUUAUACUUUACUUUUCUGAUUUUUCAAUAAACUUGUUUGUUACUAAAUCUUAAGAGUAAGAGUUUUCAGCAAUUUGGUCGAAUUUUUACUAAACAGGAAGAAAAUAAGCAGAAAUAGUAAGAUUCAGUAGGUUUUAAAUAUAGUCUAAGCAAAAUUAAAGUUAAUUGGAAAAAGUUAAUGUAAAAAUAAAGCUCUAAACUUUUUGUAAACUUGUCCAAUUUAGGUGAUCAUUUUUUUGGAAAAGAUUGAAUUAGAUUAAAUCCUACUAAAUUCUAUUAGUAGGAUAUCAUGGAAAGGAUUUGACCACUGCUUUUAGUAGUAGCAUUUUGGGGACUAUUUCAGGAGAAGCUGAAUUGUCAGGAGGUCACAAGUUUACUUCUAAUCAGACCUUCAGGGGUACAAGUUUUGCUAUUUGCCCACUUCCAGAUUUAGCCAAGCCUUUACUGGGCUAUUGCAUGCACUGUUUGUCUUGGAAAUGCCUUUCUGAUAAGCAAUGGAUAAUAUUUAGGGUUCCCUGUUCUAUAGGUUGAGCUUAUGAAGUUUAAGUACAUUUCGUAUGGGUUGAUGCUAUCCUUCCUGGCAACAUUGGAUAGUUGCUUUUUAUUCUAUAACAUGGGCCACGUAAUUUUUUUCCCUUCCAGAGCUAGUGUUAUUUGCCCAAUAGUAUCUUUGUUACACACCAUAUUAAUGGAGACUGAUUUUACCAUCUAUGUGUGUGGAUGGUCUAAAAUGCUAGAUUUCUUCCAACAUCAGUUUGCGUAAUUCUUAUUUUCUUCACUAGAACUACUUCUGCCUUCACUUAGUCUUUCCAUCUACUGUACAGAUUCUUUAACUCAAUAGUCUCAGAAGAAAUGCUCUGAGGUUUUAGGACUUAGUUUUUAAAGAAAUAUUGUAUUUAUUGUCUAGGUCCCCACUUGAGUGUCAGACGCCGAGCGGCAGUUUCUACUGUUCUGUGGUAUAUAACGUGGGGGCACUACAGACACUACAUUGUCCUGGGGCAAGCUUACCGAUUCUUUAAAGCCAUUCUGUUGAACCCUCAGCAAGUCUAAGGAGUGACUGUUAGUGAAAUUGACUUGGGCAGCAUUGCCUGUGUCUGUUGGGCCAAGACAUUGGCUUCACUUUAAAAAUGCACAUUGUCUUUGGAGAGGCGAAUUAUUCCACACAAUUACCCCCUACACCAUUGUUUGGAAUCCUUCUAGAACUAUUACCAUCUACACUAAUAUUGUACUUGUACAACUUAGUUUAUAAGAAAAAAAAUCUGUAUUUCUUCAAUAGCCGGGUAUCUGAAUUGUACUCUUGAUAUAUUUGAAUGGGACUCGAUUUAAGUGCACUAUUCCUGUCUUACUAAAAUUGCACUGUAUGGCAAGUGUGUCAGUGUAUGCUUUGCUAAAACCCCAGAGUGCUGUAAGGUACAGGUUUACAUCGUGAACCUAUAUAGUCUUAGGGAAAAUCUCUGAGCUUUUCUAAGUGUGUGGAACAUUUUAAAAUAUGUAAUGCUCACUAGGUGGUAAGAUCACUUCUGUAACUGGAACCAUCACCUUGAGUUGGCCAGUUUGUCCAGCUUGCUUUACCACAUCAAGAAGCAAUCUUACCAAAAGCUGUGCUGUUACGUGUACUGUUUGUGUUUGUCCUCUCAGAGGACAGAUGCUAUAGACAAUGGUAAUAAAAUUUGAAUUUAU